AAUUGGAAUGUGCAUAUUUAUUGCUGACCACAUCAACAUUUUAAGAUUUUCUACGCACGCAAUCCGUCGGAUUUUAUUUUUGUUCUCUUGCAAAAAGACAUUUCAAAUAACAAUAAAAUCUUAACCAAGUUGCAUAUUCGCCAUUGCCCACAAAAUUGCCAAAUGAAGCAACUUAAGAUAUGUGUUCAUUACAACUGCUUGAAUUUUAACAAUAAAGACUGAAUAGGAAACUAUCCCUCCGAAGAAACAAAAUAAGUUUUUAGUGAAAAAUAUAAAAUUUAGAUAAAUUUUAAAAAAUAUUAGAAAAAUUAUAUUUACAACAAAAAAGAAAAAAAAAUACAAAAAAUAUCAAACCAAGAAUUUUUGUUUUGAAACUUUUUGAUUUUUCGAGCGUUAAUUUGUGAACAUAAAAAUGUUGUUAGCUAUGCGUCGAGAAACAGAACAUUCCCCACACCACCUUCACAACACAGUGCCUCCCAAUGCACCACCUGUAGCAGGAGGUGGAGCCACAUCCACAACGGUUGUCAAUGUCACACACAGCACACACAAUUUAACGUUGUCCACCACCACCACCACCACCACCUCUACCACCAACAACAGCAACAACAUCUCUGCCACAAAUAAUGGCAUCCACGAUUCCUUGAAUACUCCCUCCACACCUCUACUGAACUUAGGUCGAAAUCCUUUACAAUUUGCAGCACCUCCACCGCCGCCGCCACCCAUAACCGUACAAGCGGGACCACAAUUUGGAUUCUAUAGUCCUACGGCGGCAGCAGCUUCGCCAUAUUUUCAUCAUUACCCCAGCGUUUCAUCAUCAUAUGCUGGUGGUAGCUCUGGCAAUUUGGUGGGACAUGUGUCCAAUGGCUCAUAUACGAAUUCGGGUACAUCAGCUUCAGCUGCAUCAGCAGCUCCCGAGGAAUUAGAAGAAUUUGUGGAUAUUUUUCAAGUUCAACAUUUAUUGUUGGAUCAUUCAGUGGCAGCUGGCAAUCAACCACCACCGCACACGCACAUACCCUCCUCUGCAGCAUCAGCGUCGUCGUUGUCCUACACUUCCGUAGCCAACUCGCAAAUAACUGGGGCAUCUACAGCCACAACUUCAUCGGCGCCCAUUAGCAGUUCAGCGGGCAGUGGUGCUAGCUCGGAAAAUCUUACUUUUACCACCAGCACUGUGACCACAGCAGCGCCAACCACAUAUACAAAUUUGGCAAAGCCUCAACCCAGACCGCGUCUAAAUUUGCAAAAGGCUUCAGAAUUUGCCGCGCAAGUUCAAGCUGAUUCACCCUCUUCACGUCGGAUGCUUUUAGAUUAUCCCAAUCCAUAUUUGUAUGGAAAUCAUUAUCAUACAUCACCCAGCGAGGAUUUAGUUGCCCUGUGGUUUGGCAGCAAUGGAUCAGGUGGCGUAGCCCCUGGAACCCCAUCAGCGGCCAUGAUCAUGGAAGGGCUUGAAACCCUAGUGGCGCCAUCGCAUCACACAUUCCUACUCACCGAAUCAGCUGCUGCGGCGCACUUCAAUGUUCUAAGCUUUGACACAUGCCUCUUUAAAACAUCCGCCCAGUCCAGCCCCUCGACGUCGGGCGCCACAUAUCUCACCACACCCUCGAGUUUUGGUGGUGGCCCUUUGGGCACCCAAACUCUGCUCCAUUAUAAUCUCUCCACAUCGACGUCAUCAUCGUUAUCACCCACCUCGUUGGCCGAUAGUACAGCCGCAGCUGCCACUGCAGCAGCAUCCGCCGCAUCAUCGACAUCAUCCCCAUCAGCAUCGGCGGCCAUUAACACCACCAAUUCGCGUCAUCAUAAUCGUUUGGCCGCCAUAACUGUCUCACCCGAAACUCAACAGCAAGGAUCACCUUUGCAUCAUCAACAUCAUCAUCAUCAUCAUCAUAAUCACAAUAGUCCUUCGAUUGCCAGUGCUGCUGUUACCAUAUCAACGCAUACGGGUAGUGGACGUAAUUCGGCAUCGCAUUUGAGUCUACUGAAUACCACACAACAUAGUCCAGUGGCGUGCGCCAGUGUGGCCUCGGGUGCCGAUAGUGUGGAUAUUAAGCAAUCACAUUUGGAAGCACAGCCGGGUGAUUUGAAUACCCCAGUGACUACGUCGAGUGAUAUACCAUCGUUUUUUGGGCCAUCCACAGUGGUGGAACCACCACCAAUAACAGGUUCCAUUGAAUCUGAAGAUUUAUCCUUGGAGCCGCACACAGUGGCCACCAGUCCGGUGUUGUGUAGCCCCUUGAAGGAGGAGCGUAGUACCCCGCCCACAUUAACCAUUGUUAAGGAAGAAACAAGUAAUAAUAGUUGUACCAUGUAUCCCAUAAACACCACCACCACAAGUGCCUCAACAUCACAUCAUCACCAAAACCAACAACAACAACAACAUUCACAACUAAGUCAACACAAUAAUACAACAACACCAACAGCGACGACAAGCAACACGCAUACAACACAAAGCAAUACCACACAACAACAACAACAACAACAACAGCAACACCAUCACCAGCAGCAUCAACAACAACACCAACAUCAUACACAACAUCAUUUGCAUAUGGGGCAACAAUCACCAACACAAUCACAACACCAUCACUAUCAGCAACAACACCAACAACAAAACCAAAUGUAUCAAUUACAACAACAACACCUGCAACAACAACAACAACAACAACAGCAACAACAACACCAACACUACCAGCAACAGCAACAGCAACACUAUCUCCACUCACACCAUCAUCAUCAACAUCACCAACACCAUCAUCACCACUACAGUCAACAAGACCAGCAACAACAACAACAACAACAAUCACAGCAUGCAAUUAAUAACACAAGCUCUUCCAGUAGUAGUAGUAGUAGUGGUAAAAUAUCAUAUCGUGGCAUUUUUACUACCACAGGUAAUAACGCCGCAGCAGCUGCCGCCGCUGCUGCUGCCAUGAGUGGUCUAAAUGCUGCAUCGGCUGCUGCAGCCGCCGCUGCUGCCAAUGCCCAUCAUCAGCAGCAGCAACAACAACAACAGCAACAGCAGCAGCAUGCCACCGCCCAGCAACAGCAUCAAACGCAAAUGCAUUCACCUUCAUUGACCGUGCUACCCGGUCCCAUGUCUCCCCCCUCGGCAGGUUUGGGCAGCGGCUGGAAUCUACCCAGCCCCGAUAAAACACUCUUCCAGCCUCCCAUGUUUAGUCUCUUGGGUCCGGCAACCCAAAAUACGGCCGCUAGCCAAUCGCACUAUGCCAGUCAUCAGCAGUCAACCAUUCCCGCCUCGUCAACACCCUCACCCUCGGCACAUCACAUGCAUGCAGGGGCUCCGGCCAUAGCCUAUGACGAUGGCCGUCAUGUGGAGUUAUUGGGUCUUCAAAUGGAUUGCUCACCCAUUAUACUGAAGCAGUCGGCUCCUCCCAGCUAUGGUAAUGCAGGUGGCUUUACCACUUUGGCCGAUAUGCAACAGGCACAGAAUGCCCAUGAACUACAAUAUCGCCAGCAAAUGGGUGUGGCUACACCCAAAUAUCAGUGGCUGGACUCACCGGCUGAAUAUUCAGCAGGUGGUCAACAGACAGCCACCUUAGUUUUGCCAGGACCCUCCUCGGCCUCUUCCAGCACGGCUUUGGGUGGAGGAAUCAUACCCAAACAGGAGGCCUAUGCCGAACCCACCCACACUCCCACACAUCAUAUGCAGCAGCAGCAAGCCUCGGGACCCAGCUCUUCGGGCAAUGGAUCGCAGACGACUUUUUCAGUGGUACAGCUAGCCGAAUAUAGUCCCUCCACCAGCAAAGGUCAUGAAAUACUCUCCCAGGUAUACCAACAGAGUGCCAUGCCCCUCAAGCUAGUCCCCGUCAAGCCACGCAAAUAUCCCAAUCGACCCAGCAAGACACCGGUCCAUGAGCGCCCCUAUGCCUGCCCGGUGGAGAAUUGCGACCGUCGUUUCUCCCGCUCCGAUGAACUCACCCGCCACAUACGCAUACACACGGGCCAAAAACCAUUCCAGUGUCGCAUUUGCAUGCGCUCCUUCAGCCGUUCCGAUCACCUGACCACCCACAUACGCACACACACAGGCGAGAAACCCUUCUCCUGCGACAUUUGCGGACGCAAGUUUGCGCGUUCCGAUGAAAAGAAAAGACAUGCCAAAGUUCAUUUGAAGCAAAGAGUGAAAAAAGAAAAGCUCAGCCAACAGCAGCAGCAGCAACAACAACAACAGCAGCAACAACAAAUGCAACAGCAAAUGGCUGCCCAAUCGGCGGCAGCACAACAUCAUCAACAUCACUCGCAUCACGCCCAUAUGCUUCAUUCCGCCGAUAUUUCCAUAGUCCCCUCGAGUGCGACCAGUUUGUAGGUCGAGAUGAAACCCCCAACAGCAUCGCCAUCAUCAUCCGAAACAUCAUCGAUAGAAACCUAUAGAGCUGUAAAUGAAAUGGGGGACAAGCGCUUACCACCGCUCAUGAGGCCAGAUGACUUCAACUGCAACACCACCUGGCACUCGGCACUGUCGCCCACAACGCCCUUGGACACUAUGCCCACAGCAGAGUUAUCCUUAAAGAAUCGCAGGGGACAACAAAAAUUUGCCUUUGAGCCUGAAAUGAUAAGGCAGCACAAGGAAAGUGAAAGGGCAGAGAAAAAGCACGAAGAGAAGGAGGAUCAUGGCAUAAUAGAUGAUCUCAUGGAUUUGGAUUUAAUGGAAAGCAAAAUCACAACUUCGCCUGAGCUCAAUACCACCAGCCCCUACUCCAAUUCUUCCUUGGAAAGCAUAUUAGAUGAGGAAGAAAAGGAAGAGGGUGAGGUGGCAGAUGAUUACAUGGAAGUAGAUCUUCAGAGGCACAAAAAAGAGAACACUGCGGUUGGUAACCUGAAUAUGGUAAAUGUUAAGAAGUCCUUGGAGCAACAAACCACCAACAAACACAUUGCCAUAUUGAGUGGUGAAAAUAAUCACGAUAUGGUCAUAUUGUUCCUUACCGAGUAGAAUGCAUUGGAUUGGUAGUUACUCAGAAAACACACACAGAAAGAGAGCAGCUUUAAAUUUGCGCAAAUGUAAUUUACCACAAAUAACUACACAAAUACCCUCUCUCACACACACACACACACACACACAUGCAUAUAUAACCGAUACUACAUAGCGAAAGUUGUUAUGCAUAUAGUAUUACAAUAUCCUUGAUGAUAAGUUUUCGAAAGCAAAACAAAGGAAUCAGCAUAGCCACUCUAAUACAAAACAAAAUUAAAAUUCCGAAAGUUUAUGGAAAAUAACCCCCCACCCCCACCCCCACUCAACACUCACAUAACUUUGCAAAAGCUAAAAAACGUAGUUUGAAAAAAAGACAAUAAAACAAAAUUUUAGUAGGACACAAAAAUUUUACUUGUUGAAAACAAAAAGAAAAUUCUUUAAAAUAGCUAAACACAAAUAAUAGUUAAUUGACAUUAAAACAAAAGCCAACAACUACUAACACAAUUUAAUGCAUGAAACACAAAUUCCCAAGCUAAGGUUGGCAGUUUGAAAUCAUCCAAAUGGAGGCAUUCAAAGAUAAUUGAAAAAAUUAAUUAGAAUUUUAAUUUUUUAUCAAUAUUAAGGGCAAAAGAUGAGUGAUUAGUGCAACGUAACGCAAGAAAAAAAUUUGUAUCGCAUACUUCAUUAGUUCAAGGUCUCUUUUUGCUACAUCUAUACUAAACCAAUGGGAGAACAGACUUCAUUAAACAUAAGCAUGGAUUGAUAAAAAGUAGCACCUACUGUGUAUUCAAGUGGGUGUUACGUUUAACUAAUGUAUAUCUAAACAGAAAGAAGGCGUGAUCAAAAAAAAUUUUCAAAACUUUGGGAAGGGAGAAGCUAACAAAUGCCAUAAGAAAUUGCAAUAAAUACACUUUUUUGUUCUUACAUUAAAACUAUGAUUACUUAUAAAUGUGUUGCUUAGUCCAACGUAACGCUUCAAAUUUUUAAUCAAACCGAACUCGCUCUUACAUAAAUGUUAUUUUUUUUUGUAUAGGCAUAAGGAGAAGGAAAAAUAAUAUUUGGGAUAUAUUAGGAAAAUAUUGAGUGGUGAUUAGUCAAACGUAUUACCAACGUAGUCACAGAAACCUAUUAAAUAAAGUUUAAAGAAAUUAGUAAAAUUUCAAGCAAAAUCCUUGAUCAAAUAAAUAGUAAUUUCUGCAAGAAAUCAAUUAUUUGAAUUACACUAACUUAAAUUAGUCAAACGUAACAAAUCCACGUGAUAUAUUGUAGUAUCCUAAAUAUAUUGAGUUUUUUAGUUUUUUAUUUAUGUAUUUUUUUCAGCUUUAGAAUUUGUGUACAUUGAAGAAGCUAUAAAGCCUUUGUGAAAAUUCAGGCUUAUGCGUCAUUACGUCACGUUACGUUGGACUAGUUUUUUUCAGUAUUUUUAAUCAUAAAAAAAACACAUCGUAAUCAGGGAGUCUGAAUCUGAAAUAAAAGUGAGAACAAGUUUUAAUUUUCACUAUUGAAAUCAUUGGUGCAUGAGUACAUAAUACGUUACGUCAGAAUAACUGGAAACUCAUUUUGCACGAAAUAUAACAAAUUAUUAAAGCAAAAUUUCCCUAUUAAAAAAUCAAUGACAGUAAAAUAUCCAAAGAUUUUCUAGAUAAUAUACCACGAAAUCGCAACUGGAAAAUAACUUAAAGCUCUUAAUAAGUCGCAACGUAACGCUGAAGCAAAACCCUUGAUCAGAUAUAUAGUAAUUUUUGCUAGAAAUCAAUUAUUUUAAUUAUAUUAUAUUGAAUUAGUCAAACGCAAUAUAAUAUCCUAAAUACGUAGAGCUUUUUAGUUAUUUAUUUUUUUUUAGCCUUAGAAUUUGCUUUUAUUGAAGAAGGUAUAAAGCAUUUGUUAAAACUCAGACUUAAGUGUCUUAACGUCACGUUACGUUGGAUAUGUUUUUUUUUUAAUUGUAACUAUAAAAAAAAGCUAAUUGGGGAGUCUGAAUCUGAAAUAAGAGUGAGAACAAAUUUUCUUUUUCACUUUUGAAAUUAUUGGUACAUGAGUACAAAAUAUGUUAAUACGUUACGUCAGAAUAAGUGGAAUCGAAAUUUGCACAAAAUUUUAAAAAUUAUUAAAGGAAAAUUUCACUAUUAAAUAAAAAAUCAAUGGAAGUGAUGUAUCCAAAGAUUUUCUUAAUCAUUUGCUACGAAAUCGCAAUUGGAAAAUAAUUUAAAACUUUUAAUUAGUCGCAACGUAAAGCAAUAUCCUUAAGCCAGACACUUUAUUAUAUUUUUCAUCAAUUCAAAUUCAUUAUCAAACUAAACGGAUGUCUAACAAGUCUCUUUGGCAGUGAAAAUUUGCCCACAAACAUUCCAUUAAGGACCAGAAACCGUCUCCAUGGCAUAAUUUGCUUAUUGAAGGAAUACCUAUAAUCUUAAUUAGUCAAAACGUAACGUCAUAUUUUCUGAAUACGAUCUAUUUUUAUAAGUAGUCAGUUAAAGUUAAAUAAAUGUAGCAUUGUUUAUUUCAAGAUCUUCAUUUAAACAUUUUGCUGAUUUGAAAUUAAAAUAUGCGUUAUUUACGUUCCUGUUUGACUAACUGGUAAAAUGUUUCAUAACCAAAAGUUAUGAACAAACCUGGAAACAAAUGUCUUAGAGCAAAAUUUUUUAGAAAAAUAGGAUAGAAUUGUAAAUACAUUUCUUUUCACGUUACAGCUUCACUAACUGACCAUAUUUAAAUUUUAAAAUAAGAUCCAAAAUUAAAAUAAAUAGGUUGAAAAAGUCUGCCCACUGAUCAUUCUUGAAAUGUUCGUGGGAAAAUAUGCACUUGGCACAAAAAGCCGUUUUUUAAAAAUAAUUUUGCCUAUGUCGUUUAUUAGAGAUCAAUUUUACGUUUUGUCAAUUAGUCAAACAGCAACGUAUAAACGUAUAAUUUUUUUUCUUUUUUUAUUUUUAAUUCUUUUGGUCCAAAACAUGGUCUCCAGAUCUUAUAACCAAGACUUCUUUUAAACUUUUUUCUAUAUUUGCCAAUUAGUCAAACGUAACGCAAAGUAACUUAAACAUGUAUUUACUUAUAACGUUACCUUUUUUCAGUUUCUGCGUUUUUAACCACCGACUUAGUUUGAAUAAUGGAAACAAACAAAUUUGGUUUUAAAUAUUUUGAAAUUAGACAAACGUAACGUAGAGUAACGUUAAAAAUUGUUUUACUUAUAAUGCGGACUUAAAUCUUUUUUUAAAAUUCUUCGUUUUUUUACCUAUCGGCAUUAGUGAGAAAUGGAUACAAAAAUUUAUAUUCCAAUAUUUUAAAAUUUCCAAUUAGUCAAACGUAACGCAAAGUAACAUAAAAACAUAUUACCUUAUAUUUUUUGUUUGCAAAUUCUUCUUUUUUCAAACACUGACUUUGUUGAGUAAUGGAUAAAGAGAUUUGAACUUAAAAAUUAUUUUUUCUCCACCAAUAACAUUAAAGCGUAUAGAUUUGUUCUUUACCACUAAUUUUAAAUGUAGCCUCGAAUCAUGGGCAAGCCAUGGGCAAAGCAAAAAUAUUCUAAUUGUCAAUAAAAACUUUUACGAUCAAGCUUCAACAAUUAGAUGGGUUGUUUCUUGUUGUGUUUAUUUCAAAAACUCCUCCCCUUUUUAUCGCUUGGAUUUUUCGACGGAUAUUGACCAUAAAUAAAGAUCACAAAACAUUAGCAAAACGAAAGAAAAGCACAAAAAAAAACCAAAUAAAUGUAAAGAAAAAAAAAAAGAUGGGUGGCUGUGCGGUUGAGGCACUGAAAGCAUUCAAGCAAACACAUUAGAAAAUACAGCACAUUAAAUCAUUAACUGGCUAACAGUAGACGCCAUUAAUGUUAAAUUUGUGUUGUUGCUAUUUUUUUUUAUACGGUGAAUAUUAUCAUCGUCACAAUCAUCAUAAAUGCCAAAAAGAAAACAAGUUCCAUAGCUUUGCUCUUUCUUCUCAUUCCUUUGGUCGUAUGACACUGAAAUUUAGCCGGGGUAAAGCAGAAAAUAAAAAUUAUAAUAGUCGACAUUUUAAUGGCUGUCGAAAAAAAAAAUUGCAAAUGUUACGUUUUGUGACACCGCAGCCGACGGAUGAAAAACAUGAGGAUGACAAAAAAAAAAACGAAAAACAAGUGCAUGUCAAUAUACUACAUAUUUUUGACGGACACAUUUCGUGACAGACAUGGCUUGUGAAGGUGGCUAAUUGUUAGUCGGUUAAUGACUUGAUGUGUGGCAAAGUGUGUUAAUUUUUUUUUUUGUGCAAGGUAGAUCAAUUAAAUUCAGCUAAAUAAUGACUUAACGUAAGGAAAAACACAAAAAUUUUUUUUUUUUUUUCAAAAUUUUAGAUAAAUUAUUGAACAAAAUGCAGUGCAGAGCUUAAACCUUAUUUUGAGUCAUAAAUUUGUGAAAGAAAAAUUUUAUCAAAAUUAAAAAACAAAAACUGUUUUCAGAUAUUUCACCUUAUUUGUCUAAAAUCCGUAAAAAAAUCAAAAUUGCCUUAGUUCCAUUUGAUAAAAAUCGAUUUUUCAAAAAUCUUUUAAUUCCCAAAAAUUGUUUUAAAAAUCCCAGAAAAUCCCAAAAAAAUUUACAAUAUAUAAAAAAAUAUUUCUUUUGCGUUGUAAUUGUGUCAACUUUCACUUACUUAAAAAAAAACAUAAUUUCUACCUUUUGUUUAAAGGAUUUUGUUGGAAUUCCCUAUUUCCCCAGUUUUCCAAAAUUCCCCCAAACACAUAAAUUACCAUUAUUUUAAAUGGGAAAAUUCGUGCAAGCAUUGCUAAAUAACUUUUGACUACCAAAAAAUAUGCAUUUUUCUGUUGA